AUGUUCCGGGUUCGUGCUGGCUUUCGUCCUAAACUAGUCUACUACAUAUUGAACUCAAUUCUAUACAGUUCCUGGCUGCUUGGCAUAUUCCCUUUUAUUUAUGAGCCCCGGCAAAGGAAAUUGCAUCGCUCCAAAUGGCUUAUCCUAUAUGGAUUUGUACUGAGCUCGGGCCUGCUUUUCCUGAUGUUGAAACAUGAAAGCGAAAGGGAGGGAAACGGGCCAAAAUUGGAUGUUUUUGAGAGGAACUUUGUGCUGCAGCAAAUCAGUCUACUGUUGGGAGUAGUCGGAGUCCUGGCAAUCUGUGCCAUGUACUUGCGGACCUUCUGGCGAAGCAGGAAUCUGGAGUGGAUAUAUAAUGAGUUGAUGCACCUGGAACUUAGAUACUUUUGCUCUGACGCUGUGGAGUGUCAGACAUUCGACGCCUAUGUGAUCCAGAAGGGAAUCCUCAUAGUCGGAGGAGUGGCGUCCACAAUGGUAGUGCACUUUGGAGUGCCCAAUCAAAGACUGCCCUUAAGUAAUCUCAUCGUCGUCGCAUUGAUUAAGCUGGGAACGUUCCUCCUAGCCAUACAUUUUCACCUUGGAGUGGCCUUCAUCUACCGUUUUGUGUGGUCCAUCAACAGGGAACUUCUCGGCCUGGCUAAUUACUUAAGAGCGCAUCCCUCCGGAGGCUCCUCCCGAGUUAACUUGCUCCUUAAACUCUAUGGGCAGCUGGUGGAUAUAUACGGGAGAUUAACUGAGUGCUACGACUACCAGACGGCCUUGAUGAUUGUCAUCUUCCUGGCUGCCAACAUCAUCGUCUCCUUCUAUAUGAUCGUCUACAGCGUCAGUUUGAGCCAGAUGUCCUUCUUCAUGAUGCUGAUUAUGUUUCCCCUGGCUCUGGUCAACAAUUUCCUGGACUUUUGGCUCAGCAUUGCAGUGUGCGAUUUGGUGGAGAGAACUGGCAGGCAGACCUCCAUGAUCCUGAAGCUGUUUAACGAUAUCGAGGACAUGGACAAGGCGCUGGAAAUGAGUAUCUCCGAGUUUGCCCUGUUCUGCAGCCAUCGGAGAUUCAAGUUCCUGCACUGUGGUCUGUUUUAUGUAAACCGGGAGAUGGGCUUUCAAAUGCUUGUCACUAGUUUUCUGUAUUUACUGUUCCUCGUGCAGUUCGACUUUAUGAACUUGUAA